AUGUAUAUCCUCAGAGCCCUACACUACUUGAUACUUGCCAUGGCCUUCUCGAACGCUGUUCAACCACAGGCUCAAUUGAUUGUCAACCGUCCUUUGUCUGAAGUCGAACUUGAGCAGCAACAUAAUAUUUCCGCACCUCUAUCUACUAGCACCAUAGAUAUAGUCAAUUGUUCCAGCACAUCACUUCCGAAUUCAACUCUUCUUGACGAUGAAUCUAAGAAUUCUAUGCAACCUGGACGUUCUUUCUAG